ACAUUUUGUGAGCGACGCGAGCUGCGACCGCAGGGAGCGAUCUGGUUUUCUUAAGGAACCUCGCCGCACGACUUCAACUUAUCUCGUUGAUGAUUGAUGUUCGAUGGUCAAUGGAUUCUGCCCACCGACCACCCGCUGUUCGCACUUCGACUUUUGAUGAUGGCGCAUUCAUCAUUUUACCACGUUAUCGCCAUCUAAUGCACGACUUUUUCAUACAGCGGUACAACCAGUAUGAGUCGGAGGGAAUCAUCGGGACUGGCUUCCAUUCCAAGGUCAAACAGGUCCGCGACGUUGAGACUGGCAUUGCCUAUGCCAUGAAGGUCAUGAAAAAGGCCCCCCGGCAAAAGUCGUUGCCGAGGUUUAAUGCGCCGGGUGGGUCCGACCCCCACCUGGAAAAGAUCUACGCGGAGAUCGAGAUAUUCAAGUCCCUGGACCAUCCAAACUUGAUCCAGCUCCACGAGAUCAUCGACGAUCCCGAAAGGGAUAAGAUUUACCUCGUGACGGAGCUGAUGGUAGACGGAGCCUGGGAUGAAGCCGCCAAAUACCAUCAAAUCCCCAUCAGGACCGUAUUCAUCCAGAUCCUGCGUGGCCUUGAAUACCUCCACUCAAGAGGUAUUGUCCACCGGGACAUAAAACCGCAGAACGUUCUCUGCAACGUCAUCGAAAACGAGUACAAGCUCGGCGACUUUGGGUCAGCCGUACAGCUUCGUAACGGUCCAGGCACCGCCCCCAACAAGUCCGACGCGGCAGAGUACACAGAACAAUCCCACUCCGCGAUCGCACCGCGCCCUCCGUCUCUCCACGACGACGAUGACGACCAAGAGACCAGCAACCCCUCUGAUCUCGACAGGAGGAACGAGGCCGAACUGGCUGCCACUACAGUUGGCACGCCCGCAUUCUUUGCCCCGGAGAUGAUAUCGGCGUACGAACAUGCCGAUAACGACAGCAACAACCGUCACCGUCACAACAACAGCAAACGUUCCCUCAAUAAAUGCAACGGCCUAGCAAACGGGCGCCCCUCACAUGAAGAAGAUCCUCAUUCGACCCCCAACAUGAGCGACAAUCCCCUACCACACCUAAAACCCCUCUACCGCCCCGGCACCCCCUCCAGCCCGCCCAUCGGCCGCGGAAUCGACAUCUGGGCCCUCGGCGUCAGCCUCUACAUGAUGGAACACGGGUUCCUCCCCUUCAGCGGCGCGCGCGAGUGGGAACUGUAUAACGCGAUAUCGAGCGAUGAGCUGAGGUUCCCGGAGACGCCCGAUAUUAUGCCUACCGAGGAGUGGGAGGAGAUUGUGGAGAUGAGGGAUUUGUUGGGGAAGAUGUUGCAGAAGAAUCCGUUGAAGAGGGUUACUUUGCGUGAGAUUAAGAACCACCCCUGGGUCCUCCGCGGCGAAUACCGCACCGACGCUCAAAAGAAAGCCGAUCUCCGCGGUCACGCCCAUUUCGACGAGAACCCCGUCCGCGUGCAAUCUUCCCCCACCGUCGUCGAUACGACUGUCAAUACCAAUCCCACUUCAACACCCACAAGCCGGAAAGGAUCACAACACCGUUUGGAUUCGGCUGUUACCGAGCUGAGGGGUAAUUCGGCUUCGUUGGGGAGACUGCCUGCACCCGAUGCUGUUGUGGCUGUUACGGGACCUGAUGCGGAGAAGGAUAAAAAAGAUUUCGCGAGUGAUGACCACCAUGUCGAGGUUUCGAACGUUGCGGAAGAUGCGGCGACGGCGGAAAAUUCGGCGAUCACGGCGGCUUCUGCAAGUGCUUUGGCGCCGCCUACCGCGCCUAAGAAACCCGCUAAAUUCCAAACGACAUUGCGUCGGCUUUUCUGCUGUUUCCGAAAUCGUUGAAUGUGACUUUCCCACCGCACGGCCGCGUCACGUUUCCUCCAACUCCUUCGCUGGCAUUCUACACGCGCGGAACUCAAACACGCACAUACAGACCUCAUACAUACAACCCCGCACGACAUUAUCUUGGCCCUGCAUAGCUUCGCGCUCUUCUACACAUCGCCGCAUUCACCUACUUUUUUUUUUGGAAUA